GCGGCCGGCGGGGCAGCAGAGCCACGGCCACCCGGAGGCAUUGCACAGGUCAACGUGGAGGUGCAGGCCACCAUGCUCAGUCUCAAGCUACCCCAACUCCUUCAAGUCCACCAGGUCCCCCGGGUGUUCUGGGAAGACGGCAUCGUGUCUGGCUACCGCCGCCCCACCAGCUCGGCCUUGGACUGUGUCCUCAGCUCCUUCCAGAUGACCAACGAGACUGUCAACAUCUGGACUCACUUCCUGCCCACCUGGUAUUUCCUGUGGCGUCUGCUGGUGCUCGCGGGAGGCCCGGGCUUCCGGGCGGAGCCCUACCACUGGCCGCUGCUCGUCUUCCUGCUGCCCACCUGCCUCUACCCUUUCGCCUCGUGCUGCGCGCACACCUUCAGUUCCAUGUCGCCCCGCGCGCGGCACAUCUGCUACUUCCUGGACUACGGCGCGCUCAGCCUCUACAGCCUGGGUUGCGCCUUCCCCUACGCCGCCUACUCCAUGCCGGCCUCCUGGCUGCACGGCCGCCUGCACCAGCUCUUUGUGCCCGCCGCCGCGCUCAAUUCCUUCCUGUGCACUGGCCUCUCCUGCUACUCUCGGUUCCCUGAGCUGGAAAGCCCUGGGCUCAGUAAGAUCCUCCGCACUGGCGCUUUCGCCUACCCCUUCCUGUUCGACAACCUCCCACUCUUCUAUCGGCUGGGACUGUGCUGGGGCAGGGGCCACAGCUGUGGGCAAGAGGCGCUAAGCACCAAUCAUGGCUACCACCUGUUGUGCGCGCUGCUCACUGGUUUUCUCUUCGCCUCUCACCUGCCUGAGCGGCUGGCACCAGGACGCUUUGACUACAUUGGCCACAGCCACCAGCUGUUCCACAUCUGUGCGGUGCUGGGCACCCACUUCCAGCUGGAAGCGGUGCUGGCCGAUAUGGAAUCUCGCCAAGCCUGGCUGGCCACACAGGACCCCCCCCUGGGCCUGACAGGCACAGUGGCCACGCUAGGCUUGGCAGUGGCCGGGAACCUGCUCAUCAUUGCUGCCUUCACAGCCUCCCUAUUUCGGGCCCCUAGUACAUGCCCCCUGCUGCAGGGUGGCCCGCUGGAGGGGGGUACUGACGCCAAGCAACAGUGAGGCCCCAUCUCUGAGCCUGCCUCCGAGGCAGGCAACGGUGAGGCCUUGGUGCUGGGAGGAGCCCAGACCAGACCUGAGAAGGUGUGGGGCACUUAUGAGCCUGGACUCCAAAGUGACUGCGCGAGUGCAGAGGAGAGAAGGCCGAGGAGAGGAGCUGGGGGGCUGGCAGAGCGCAGGAGGGUCGGUGCGGGUGCUCUUGAUGGGGCUGGGGAAGUGCUGAGGAUCUGAGAGGUGAGGUGUGCGUGUCCAGGCCGGAGAGCCUCCCCUUCCCCGGCAGAGGCUGGGACGGGGAGGUGUCGGGGCCCUUUCAUCUAGUCCCGUUUCUGUGCUCCUAGAAGUGUGCUUAGCCCAAGGAAGAACUAACAUGACUAACCUAGGCCUGCCCUGAGUGCUUGAUAACCAGGCAGGAGGCCCCCUCUUGCCCCCACCCCCCAAAGCAGGCAGUGCUGUCUGCCGGCAGCUCUUUGCCUGUAGUGACGAGUCUGUUCUGGUCACAGUCGUGUACUCAGGAUGUCCAGCUUUGGCAUCCGGGUCUGUUAGGGUGUGUCAUGGAUGGUGCACUGGGUUGGGGUGGCGGGGAGGGUGCUGGGCCAGAGGGGGAGUCCUAGUCAGACUUUGGAAAGCCAACUUCAGUGCUUUGGAGUGAGGCAGAUACAAAUAAAAAAAGUCAACAGACUUUGGGA